AUGGAGAUAUACUCUGAGAGAGUCUUACACAUCCUGGUGCCAUAUAAGAAGAGAUCUUCAAAGGAGAAUCAACUUAUCCUGGGCCAGCUAACUCAUGCUGGAGAGAAACCCUAUGGAUGCAGUGUGUGUGGGAAGGCCUUUUCUCAGAAGGCAUACCGCCUUGCGCACCAGAGACUUCACACGGGAGAGAAGCCUGAUGGAUGCAGUGAAUGUGGAAGUACCUUCUAUUUUAAGUCAGACCUGACCAAACAUCAGAGAAUUCACACAGGAGAGAAACCCCAUGAAUGUAAUGAAUGUAGAAAAGCCUUCUCCAGAAAGUCACAGCUCAUGGUACAUCAAAGAACUCACACAGGAGAGAAACUCUAUGGAUGUAAUGAAUGUGGAAAAGCCUUCAGCCAGAAGUGCCGGCUCAAUAGACAUAGGCAAUCUCGUGCUGGAGAGAAACUCUCCAGUGUGAGAAUUCAUACAGGAGAGAAACCUUAUGAAUGUAGUGAAUGUGAAAAAGCCUUUAGAAGCAAGUCAAAGCUCAUUCAGCAUCAGCGAACUCAUACUGGAGAGAGACCAUAUUCAUGCAGUGAAUGUGGCAAAGCCUUUGCCUACAUAUCAGUACUUACUAAACAUAAGAAAACUCAUACAAGAGAGAAAGCUGUAAAUUCACAGAAGGUGGAGAAACCUUCAUCAGGGAGUCAUACCUCUUUAUAUAUGAGUGACCUCACACAGAAACAAAACUCUAUGAACCCAAUGCCUGCAGGAACACCUUCCUCAGGAACCCAGCCUUUAUUAAACAUCAGUGAGUUCUUAGGAGCUAGAAACGUAGUGAUUGUGGAACAAUCUUUUCCAAGAAGUCAAGCCUUAUUAGUUAAGGAAUUUGAACAGGGACGAAGCCUUGUAAAUGAAGUGAAUGUGACACCUUUGGUAAUAAAUUAUGUCUUAUAUGUUACAGAUAUUGUAUGAGAAGAAAUUCUCUGAUACUAGAAAAGUGGAAAAGUCUUUAGCAAGAAUCCUCUAACUUUUAUGUGUCAGCAUAUAUUAUAUGCUCAUUUAGGG